ACUUCGGUCGCGUCGUGUCACGGAAUUCUUUCUCGCGGGCGUUUCGACGUCGGGCUUAGGAUUUGACGUUUUUCUUACCUCUUACUGGGGAGCGACGAGUUUGUCAAUUGGGAAAUUUCUGCCAAAUGUUUGAGGGAGUCGAUGUAACGCGAGUUUAACACGCGUUCGGUUGUGAAGGAUGGGGUGGCAGUUCCCAGUUGCGAAAAAAUCAUUCGGUGUGUGAUUUGCCUUGAGGCAGGAAAGCUUUUCGAGUGAGUUGUUUUUGGGGGAGUGGGACAUAAAGGGGGCCCUAAUCGAGUUCUCGUUAGCGAUAUAAACCUUUUUGACGAGUUAAGGAACUGCUUUCAGAGCUCAGCUCAGUUGGUGUUUUGCGGUUUACAACAAGCAGUGUGAUUGUGGGCACCUUCGACGCGUAUGAAUUUAAUGAAUAAGGGAUAUUUCAUUGACUUCCGGUGCUGAGCACGUUCAGCUAAAGGAUCUUCUUGCGAAUGUCGGAUCCAGAGCUUGGGUGAGUGUUAUUCAGAGCCUCGAGUGCUGCUGUUAUGUUAAAUAAAAUAUGUGAAAAAGUUGUAGUGACGAAGGAUUUUGGCGGGAAAAACGCGAAUACUCUCGAUGGCGUUUCUUGCCCAAUUUACGUCUGGGGAUGAAACCGAAGAAAGUUUCUGAUGCUCUCAACCCGUGAGCUGAAGUUAUCCAAGUUAAUUUACAUGCCGUUGGAAUGAAUAAGUGAAAUGAAAUAAAAAUGGUAAUAUCAUCAACAUAAACAGGCCAGGAGUUUUCCAGCUCGAGUGCCACUAGAGCGAAAUUGAAAACCAUUUUCACCGUCCGCUUUCAUCUGAAUACGGAAUAUGCCCUAAGGGUACAAGAAGUAAAAACAUGCUCCGGAGUUCCAUACUGGAAGCUAGAAAGGAAGAAAAAACCGUAACCGUGAGAAUAAGUGAUCUGGGUCGGAACCGGCUAGCGGACGUUCCAUUCCCCUAGUGAGAUAUCGUCCUACGGAGUGAGAUAAAGUUUUACUUGCAAAGUUUUGGCACGGAAUUAAAAGUGUGACUUGUCGGUUUGAUGCGCUACUCAGACCACGCAAAUGAAUAAGGAAUGAAGUGUGCUAGGCGAAGAGGAAGGUCAAACCAGAGAUGUCGUCGAGAAACGUGGCCCAUUUAGUUCCAUUACAGUCUCGGAAAUAGAGCAGAACUUUCAACCGAACGUCACGAGGCUUGCACUUACAGCUCAGAGUCAGAGUCUCUGCGAAUAAAAAAGGCGGAAUGAGUGAUGAUAAAUUGAGUUGUUGAUUGCGAAGAAAGUGAUAUCGAAAGAUGCUGCUGCCGUGAAGAAAUCAGGUUCAGCUGAUGACGACAAGGAGCAAAUCCUAAUGAUGAUGAUGAUGAUGAAGAUUCUUGGCCGGGUGAUGUAGACACGGUAAUGGUCCUGUUAUCGAUCGUAUUUUUUCCCCAACACGGUGUGAAUUGUUGCUCUGAAGAGUUGGUGCGUGCAAGUUGUUGAGCCUCUGGGCCGGAUGAAGGAGGAAACCGGGUGUUCGUCCGGUUUUUUGUUGCCGCCGAAAAAAAGGGUGUGAAAGUUUCACAGACUCCAAGCGUUAAGAAAGGCACCGGAACGGAACGAAUCCCAAGGACGUUUUGGAUGAUGUGUGUUGGCAAUUUACCGGCAGUUUCCUGUUGCUGAUAGCGUUCAAAAGAUAAGCGGUGUGGCUUUUGCGUGGUCAACCAAUCCCGAUCAUCAACCGUGCUAGAGCCUUAUCAAUCAGCGGGUUACCACAACUGAUUUGAAUAAACAUUGGAACGCAAAAUGAACUGACCAAAUGCAGUUGUUCUAGUGAUAUCAGGUCGUGUUCUGUGUAGCAAGGUUAUUCUGUACGUGUAAGGGGGCAAACAUUUGUCCUGUGAUUUAUACCGCGAUAUCUCAAUGGUCGCCGGUACAAUAGUUUAUAGAAGUGUGGUGUAGAACUAAAAGCACGAUUUGAAGCACGCAACUGCCCUCAGCAGGGCGUUCACAACAACGAGCUGAAAAUUACAAGAAUUCCCAACUACUCUGCUGACCGCAACCACAAUUUGGACCUGCCAUUCUCAACCAACGGUCGCACAAGGCAAGGAUGUAACCAGCUCGGUGUGGUGUUAUGAGGAAUUCAUAAAGUACUCAGCUCAAAUCCGAAUGGAGGCCUGAUCAGUGAAAAAAAGAACAGCCAUUCCCAUACCGUCCUGCACCGAAAUUGAAUUCCAAAGUCGCUUCAUGAGGGGCAGCCCGUGUGAAUACCGCACAUUUGACAACAACCCGGAGUAAUAUUUUUCGCGCCAACCACCCAGGGCAAAAAAAACUAUAUUGCUCGAACCAACUUUGUGACUGUGUCCAGUAGGUGCACUCAGCGCUAAAUCCAGGCAGAUUUUCGACCAACGAGGCCUAUUAAAAUAUGCGCUGCCAUUGUGAAAUUUACAUCGAUGAAAAAAGCAGCGCCGGAAACUAAGUGAAGUGAUUCGUGUUCGGGAGGGGGCUAAAAACUAGUGGUAAACUAUUUUAACCUGGAUAGGACAGUGGAAAAAAAGUGAUUUUUUCGUUGGGCUUCUGUGUUGAACCGGUGAUGUUCAAACUCGAAAUUUGGAACGGAUUUGUGCAAUAAUUGAACCAUGACCGAUCCCGUUUCUAUUGAGUUCAUUCCGGAGUGUUUCUCUGUUCAAUAACCAGAAUUGCAGAACUUCAAUACGGGUGGCAAGGAAUUGAGUGAACCUAGCAAGCAGUGGAAGUUAUUGGCGAAAAAAAUAGGCGGUGGAGUGAACAAAGAGAUUUUUUUCGGCAGUAUCCCAAACGACAGUUUGAAAUUGAUCUGGGGGGAAUAUUUGUGAGCAAAAGCGGAAAAAAUUGGUAUUGCUUCCACCAUCAUCGUUGAAAUCGAUACAUUCAGUUGGGUCACGUGCCAUUUUUGGAGGAAAAUACAUUCAGAAGCUCUCCAAUAACGAGAAAACACCAUUUGUGCUUAAAUAGAUACGUGAGAAUCGAACGAAUCAGAGGCAGCAAUAUACAUCUAGACGGGGAGGGUUGUGAGGUGAUGGCCGAUCCUCAUGUCGGGGACCGGUAAUGUUCCCCAACCGCUUCCAACCAGUGUACAAUGCGGGCCCACAAUGGGCCAACAAUUAUUAACGACCACCAGACUGACCACUGGCGGAACCAACAUCAGCAACUUCAGCAGCGACAGCUAAGGCACCAAGCAAUUCGAUUAGGGGGAUUACUCCAGGGCUGUCACUUUUGGUUGGUAAUUGUGACUGUAAUUGGAUUAGCAGCAGCGCCAGUCGGUGCAGGUCCUCGGUACAGUUCCCGGAUUGUUGAAACCAAAUCGGGAGCAAUUCGUGGCGUGAUUCUCGAGCUGCACUCGAAAUACCUGGAACCAGUAGAGGUUUUCAAAGCAGUUCCAUACGCCGCACCUCCAGUGGGGAAUCUUCGAUUUGAGGCCCCGAAGAAGUUGCCUCCGUGGAAGGGGACCAAAUUAGCAGACACAUUUGGUCCUGUUUGUCCUCAGAGCUUCCCGGACAUUAGCAACCGUACGGUUGCCCUGCUUUCGAUGCCAAAGGGACGCUAUCAGCACUUGAAACGACUCCAGCCACUGCUUGCCAACCAGAGCGAGGAUUGCUUGACACUUAAUAUCUACGUCCCCGGAAGUGGAAGCCGCGGCCUCGAGGCACCGUACUCCAUCUUUUUCUACAUCCACGGCGAAGCGUACGACUGGGGCUCCGGCAAUCCGUACGAUGGCUCCGUCCUGGCUAGCUAUGGCCACGUGAUCGUUGUGACAGUCAAUUUUCGUUUAGGAAUUCUCGGUUUUCUCAAAACUCGUGCCUCUGCCUCACCGGUCGGUUCUGGUGGCAACCUAGGUUUAAUGGACAUCACCCUCGCACUGCAAUGGGUGCGAGACAACAUUGGCGCAUUCGGCGGUGAUCCCAAGCGCAUCACCGUGGUCGGUCACGAUACGGGUGCGGCUUUGGCCAACAUGGUCCUGAUCUCCAAGGCGGGAAAAGGUCUCAUUAAUCGAGCGAUUCUGCUCAGUGGAUCUGCGCUGAGUCCAUGGGCUCUGGUUCCCGAUCCGGACGCCAUACGGAUGGAAGUGUCCCAGCAGAUGGCCUGUCAUCUGCUGGUGGAUCCGCCACCGGGGAAACCAGCCCGGAAGCCAUCAACCGACGACAUUACCGAGUGUCUACGGGACAAACCACUCGAGGCCCUGAUGGGUGUAAGACUGAACGCCGUACGGUUCAUGCCGUCUUGGGGACCAUUUCUUCCGCUGGAAGAUUCACUAGAUCCAGAGUUUGCCAUGGAACACUCCGGCGAAGGCUUCAUAACCAGCGAGCUGAUGCUCGGAAUGACCACAACCGAAAGCUACAAUGAUUUCAGCGCUUCCGAUAUACAGUAUGGCCUCGAGGAAGAGCAACGCAAUCGGCUGCUGCGGACCUACAUCAGGAAUGCGUUCACCUUCCAUCUGAACGAAAUCUUUUCGGCCGUGCGGAACGAGUACACCGACUGGGACAAACCGAUUCAGCACCCAAUCAAUAUCAGGGACUCGACAAUGGAAGCGCUGAGCGAUGGCCACACGGUGGCACCACUGAUCAAGGUGGCCUACCUUCACGCUCGCCGGGGAGCCAAAACGUACAUGUUCCACUUCGCCUACCAGACCAAGGAAACCGAGUAUCCACAGCGACUGGGAAGCAUCCGUGGCGAAGACCUACCGUACGUGUUGGGGCUGACGCUGGUUCAGGGCGGUCCCUCGUUUGGGCAGAACUACACCCGCCAGGAUAUGGGAGUGAACGAAGCGGUGCUAAAUUUUGUGACCAAUUUCUGCAAAACCGGGGACCCGAACGAAGCCGGCCAUCAGGCGCCACUGUUGCAUCCGGACUACGGAACGGCAAAGGAGCGAACGCGUUUCCGCGGCAUCACCUGGGACACAUUCGAGACGACCACGCAGCAGUAUCUGAGCAUAUCAACCAAACCAAAGAUGCGUAGUCACUACCGAGGGCACAAGAUGGCACUCUGGUUGAACCUGAUCCCGCAGUUGCAUCGCCCCGGAGACCAGGACGUUUCGAUGCGGCACCAUCACUUCCGGGAGCGGGAGCCCCAUUACUACGCUGGAUCAGUCCGGGCCGAAUCGUUCAGCAGACCGCGAAUGUUCGGUGGAGGAGUUGCCGGAGGCGUGGGAAGUAUCAACGACGCGCAGGAAUCGAGACAGGAGCUGUUCGGAACGGAGUGCACACCGGAUCCAACGAUGGGGGAGGUUCUGCAGGAGGCGAACUCAGAAGGAGGCAUCCUUACAGAGGAGGAGGAAGAGGAACUGCUAGUGAAGCUGGCCAAUCGGCAUUAUUAUAGCUACACCGCCGCUUUGGGAGUGACAGUCGGUGUCGGUUGCUUGCUCCUGUUGCUAAAUAUGCUCAUCUUUGCCGGAAUCUACUAUCAACGAGAUCGGUCUCGUCGGCGGAAGUCCCAAACGACGGGCAGCAGCAGCAGCAACAACAGCACCUCCGCUGCCACCACCGCCACCGGCCUCACAAUCGGCUCCGGAAGUGGAUCUCGCAACAACAACGGAAACCCCAGUCCUGACGAGGCAGAUAUCCAGUUGACGACGAUAGUGCCGAGUCCAUCGCCACCUUCGGGCAAGACGAAACGAAGCCACGAACCACCCCCGAGCUAUGCCACGCUUCCUAAGCGAAGCUCCCACUCACAUCCGGCGCAGCAUCAGCAGGGAGCGGUGAAGGAUACCAACCUGACGACAGCCACCCUGGGACGGGCCGGAAGUUUCUCGCACAAACAACAGAGCCUCCACCAUCCGCCAAGUGAUCCAUCGUCGCGGAACCAUCACUGCACUUCCGGGUCGACAGUGCCGGAAGCCAUCCAUAAUCACCACCAGCACCACCACAACCACCAUAGCAACAAUCAGACCUUGCCAAGGUCUUCUUCUUCCAAGUCGGCUCCACUGCCACCGGUGAGGUCAUCCAGCAAUGCGUCUUCAUCUUCGCCGGCAUCUUGCAUCACGGCCUGUGUGUCGACCACGACGGCGUCCAUCUCACCCUCACCCACCCCUUCGGCUUCGACGGCGUCCACUCAAACGGCGGCUCCGCUGACCUCCAUCCUUGUAAAUAGCAAUAGCAACAGUAAUAGCAAUGGUCAUCAUCUGCAUCACCAUACUUGCGGUGGUAUGAACAGUAGUAGCAACGUUAUCACGGUGGACUUGGUGAACUCGACCAAUCCCAAACUGACGGGUCCUGGACCAGGCUCAACCUAUAGCAGUAAUAGUAACAAUUUUAUCGGUAGCACUAGUGGUAACAGUAGUUUAGGUAGUAGUGGUUCCCAUCAUCAUCACCACUCCCAUUCGCAUCAUUUGCAUGCGGUGGGUGGUUUGGGUGGCGGGGUUGCUGUAGCAGGAGGUGGAGGUUCCAUUGUGGGGAUCAUUGGCCAUGGUGGUAGCGGGAAUCUCACAGGAUCCAUGACCAGUGCCAAUCAUCCGCAGAUGGGCUCCACCGCCGGGACGUCGACGCUGAAAAAACGUGUUCAGAUCCAGGAGGUUACGGUAUAGCACAGGUACAGCACAGCUGACGACGACCAGGAAGCUGUGUGAAGACAUAAAUGCAAAAAGAAGAAACCUACAAUUUAC